AUGUCUGCUCCAUACGAGAAAGCAACUGUGCAAGAAAACGCCGUACCCGUCCAGCACGUUCAGGCGUAUCCCCAGUCUCCAGAAAUGGCACAGCCGCCUCAGUAUGCGGCUCCUGGUGUGCAGCCGCAGCAGCCUUAUUAUGGCACUCCUCCAGCGGUUGCCGGCUCUCCGCCCCCUCAGCACAUGGGUAUGCAACAACCAUACGGUAGCCCUAUGCAACCACAGCAGCCUGGUUACUUUACACAAGUAGCCCCAGGACAGCCUCAGUCCCCGCCACUUCAACAGCAGUAUACACAAUCUCCUGUCGGUGCAAUCUCGCCGGCGCCACAGCAGCAGCAGCAACAGCAACAACAGCAAAACUCAAAUGAAAAAACGUACAAAAACGCUACUCCCCUCGCUGUUCUUGGCCGUAGCGCAGCUCCCGUCGACUGCCCUGCGUGUGGAAAUCGUUGCAUGACCAGAAUCACAUACAAGACCGGCAACACCACACACGCUUGGGCUUUUGCUCUCUGCUGUCUCACUGGCCUCUUCUGCUUCGUCCCAUAUCUGAUGAAUGGAUUCAAGGAUGUUGACCAUCACUGUGGUAGUUGUGGUGUCUUGCUUGCCACCUGGCAUAAGAGCGGCACCGUAGACGUUCAUCAGUAUUCUUAA